AUGAAGAUCGACAUUCCGAAAUCAAAAGAAGAGGCUGCUGCAGCUGCACAUCAUUCAUCAUCACAACAUCGUAAAGGUGGCUCUUCCAAUACCGCUUCUUCCUCAGAAAACGCCAAUUCAUCAAUUAAUGUUCCUCCUAGGGGCUCUUCCAAUCAAACACCAUCUCAUUGGCAUCAUCAUCCUCGUCCUCCUUUACCGUCUUCUGACUCAUAUUUUCCAAAUUCGGGAAACAGCAGUACUGCUUCUUCUCUAUCGGGUGCAAAUUCCUCCACCACCACACAACAGCCCAGAACGCCCGGCAGUAUGCGUAACCAUAGCAGACAGGCAAGCGGCGGAUCGAUUGCUGUCUCAGGUGGUUCUGCAAUCCCAACUAGCUCUGUCGAAAGAGGAAGUAGAGGGAAAGCAGGCGGUCACAAUAUGUCUUUGAGCUUGAGUAACGGAGCACAACCUGGCAGUAGCAAUCAAGCACCCGAAAGUUUUGCUGACUUUGGCGCGUUUGGACAUGGUCCUCCAAGUCCAAGCACAUUGACAGAUAUCAUCUUGGGCUUGCAUUCAACCUUGUACGGAGGCAAGAGAACGGCAGAAGAAGUUCGUGAGAUGGUCAACCGAUUCUACGACCAAGACGCAAUCUUUGAAUCACCCCUUUUGGCCGCUUCCGGUCGUGAGCAAAUCGCGAAUCAAUUCAUCAUGGCAUUCACACUUCCAGGUCUGGACGUCAAGUCUGAGUUGCGAGAUGUCAUUUGCAGUGACUUUGAAUUCGACGGCACUCGUGCUGGUAUUAUUGAUCAAACAAUCAGCGUUACAUUGCUACCUUCUCUCUUUGGCCGAUCCAACGACGAAUCAUCAACAUCAGCCCCUCGAUCAGCAACAUAUGCUCCUAACGAUUACCAACAUGAUCGUGGGGGAUCAGCAACCCCUGCAUAUACGCUACACUCUGGCAUCACACCACAUCCAUUCGCGAAUUAUAGUCAAUCACAUACGCCAGCCGGAGGAGGUUCUAUGUUCAGUCGAUUUGCCAGUCAAAGUCACAGUCCAACAACACCCUACAGCGUUUCAAGUUUGUGGGGAAAUUCAAGACCGCAUACGCCCGGAACGACAUCAUCGCAUAUUCGACCACUUUCUCAAACAUUCCGUCCAAGUACACCUCCAAGCGUGAAUGGUGAUGAUGAAGAUUUCGAUCAUACAAACUCCAAUACGACCAUUCAAGGUUAUGGAGAUGAAUCACAUUAUAUGUCCACUGCUGAAGCAGGUGGCGGUCAAAUCAGUCGACCUCCUAUGCCUGCUGAUGCUUUACAACCUCAUUGGAGUCAUCAAGGAUUAGGACGUACAACCGUUCGUGCUUUCCUUUGGGGUGUGUUCCAUCCUCGUGCAGUCCUCAAACAUAUUUGUACAAUCAACCUUCGUUUGAUGAGUCGAUUAGAAUUCAACGAUGCUGGAUUGAUCGUUCGACAUGAGGAUACAUGGGGCGUACGUGAAACGAUCGAAGGUGUUGUACCGUUUGCUUCCGUGCUUUAUGCAUUGGAACGUCGAAUUGUGGGUUAUAUUUGUUCGUUCGCAAUCGGAAGGGGGUUUCGACUUUCUAAUGCGCUUGCACGUCAUGCGAUCGGCCCUGCGGCCGAAAAGCAACCUUCACGAUGGCAAAUAGAACAUCAAGAUAAUGCAAACGAAGCUGCACAUGCACUUUUGUUAGGAUAUCAUCGACAUGAAAAAAUGCAAUCGAUGGCACGUUCACGAGCUUCAAGUCCAACCCGUCAAAGGUUUUCUACCAUGCACGGUGCUGGUAAUACGCCACAUACGAUCGGUAGUUCUCAUGUACGAUCUCGUGCAAGAUCAUUAAUUGGCGGUCCACAUAGUGCUGCGCCUACAAGGGCUGCUUCUUCGGAUAAUUUGUUAUCGAUCGGACAAUACGGACAAGGAGGAUAUGGAGAACGUGAACGUGGCAAUACACAUGGCGGUGAAACUUUACCACCUGAUAGUAGCGCACGUUAUCGUACCGGAUCUAGAAGAAUUACCACAAGUACUGCUUCUGCACCUGUUACCGGAAUGGGAAUCAUGAACCCCUCAAAUGCGGCCGUAACUGGCACAUUAGAUGGGCCGUGGCAACAAGCGGACAUUUAUGGUGCAAGUAUUGAUACGCCUUCAGAAGGCACGGUAAAGAGUCGUGCGCCUGAUCGUGAUACGUAUUGA